UCUGCCUCUCCUCUCUCCCGGCGCCAAGAUGGCGGAGUACGACCUGACCACCAGGAUCGCGCACUUCUUGGAUCGGCACUUGGUCUUCCCGCUGCUGGAAUUUCUCUCCGUCAAGGAGAUAUACAAUGAAAAAGAGCUGCUGCAAGGAAAACUGGAUCUCCUUAGUGAUACCAACAUGGUGGAUUUUGCUAUGGAUGUGUACAAAAAUCUUUAUUCUGAUGAAAUUCCUCAUGAUCAACUUACAAUUACACACCCAGGAGAUGUCGCAGGAAAACAUUUUCGUGUUCUUACUUUGCGUGAGAAAAGAACAACUGUUGUUGCACAGCUGAAGCAGCUUCAAGCUGAAACGGAGCCCAUAGUCAAGAUGUUUGAGGAUCCAGAGACUACGAGGCAAAUGCAGUCCACUAGAGAUGGUCGGAUGCUGUUUGACUAUUUAGCUGAGAAGCAUGGGUUUAGGCAGGAGUACCUAGAUACACUCUACAGGUAUGCAAAAUUCCAGUACGAAUGUGGUAACUACUCAGGAGCUGCAGAAUAUCUCUACUUCUUUAGAGUUCUGGUUCCAGCAACAGACAGAAAUGCUUUGAGUUCUCUUUGGGGAAAACUGGCAUCUGAAAUCCUGAUGCAAAAUUGGGAUGCAGCUAUGGAAGACCUCACAAGGCUAAAGGAGACAAUAGAUAAUAAUUCUGUCAGCUCUCCGCUGCAGUCUCUUCAGCAAAGAACAUGGCUCAUCCACUGGUCUUUGUUCGUGUUUUUUAAUCAUCCUAAAGGGAGAGACAACAUCAUUGACCUUUUUCUCUAUCAGCCACAGUAUCUCAAUGCAAUUCAGACAAUGUGCCCGCAUAUCCUCAGAUAUUUGACUACUGCAGUCAUAACAAAUAAGGAUGUUCGUAAACGUAGACAAGUGCUGAAAGAUCUAGUCAAGGUUAUUCAGCAGGAGUCCUACACGUACAGGGACCCUAUCACAGAGUUUGUGGAAUGCUUGUAUGUUAACUUUGAUUUUGAUGGAGCGCAGAAGAAGCUGAGAGAGUGUGAAACAGUGCUUGUGAAUGAUUUCUUCUUAGUGGCAUGCCUUGAGGACUUCAUUGAGAACGCCCGUCUCUUUAUAUUUGAGACUUUCUGUCGCAUCCAUCAGUGCAUCAGCAUUGGGCUGCUGGGGGGGGUCCAUGGAGGUCCGAUGCUCCGACCUGGGAAACGACCAGUGAUCAACUCUUGUAUGUUGGCAGAUAAACUGAAUAUGACUCCUGAAGAAGCUGAAAGAUGGAUUGUCAAUCUAAUUCGAAAUGCACGAUUAGAUGCCAAAUUGGAUUCAAAGCUGGGCCAUGUAGUUAUGGGCAACAAUGCAGUCUCACCUUAUCAACAAGUGAUUGAAAAGACCAAAAGCCUGUCUUUUCGUAGUCAGAUGUUGGCCAUGAACAUUGAAAAGAAACUGAAUCAGAGUGGUAGAUCUGAGGCACCUAACUGGGCUACUCAAGACUCUGGAUUCUAUUGAAACACUUCUACAUUGGGGACAAAUCUGUUUAUUUGGCUAAAAAGCACAUAAAUAUGUAACCUUUUUGAGAAAAGUAAUUAUAUGUUAGAACUAACCUUAUUUGAAUAAAAUUGGCUACUUUUA